AAUGAAGGCUCUAUUCUGUUUAGGAGUUGGAAUGUUGAUGACCUAAUAAGACAAUACUGUUCAUGCCUGGUUAUACAGAGAUGAUAUUGGUGCCUUUUGGGGUAUCAAGGGGUAUGAAGAGCAAGUGACAGAAGUGGGUACACAUAGAGGUCAUAUGUCAUGGCCAUAAUAUAGAUUCUUGGGCACAUUCGAUUCUGCUAGUGUUAGAAGAGGGUAUGAAAAAUAGUGAUAGUUUAGAUUUCUUGUAUUCUCUAGAAACUGUGGUAAUUGUCAUGGUAUUGUGUAUAAAAAAUAUGAUGUUUUAUUGGAUAAAGUUUACAAGCAAUUAGAAUUAGCUGCUUUAGUAAGUAAUUUUACAAUUCAUCCUGCUCAUCAUCACUUUAAACAAUUCUACUAUUAGGAAUGGGAUGAAAGAGAUAGAUAUAUCCAUGACAGUAAGAUUUUAACAUAAUGACUAGGAAUCUAUCCUCCCUACUUCUCUUAAGAUCAAGCAAAAAAUGCUAAUGGUGGAGUAUGGCCAACAGACUUUUCUAAAAUCAGACUUAGACCAGGAGGUGUCAACUAUAUUUAUAACAUUUUGACUGGAUAUCAUUAUAAGCCUUAUUAAGGUUUAGAUGUUCCAAAAGGAAAGGCUUAUAAUCCUUAUUUUGAUCAUAUGAUUAUUGGUAUGGUCAGAUAAUUACAUGAUGGUAAGAUUAGCAAUUAAUUUGUUAAGGACUUGUUGAUUAUGAGGAUGGCACUCCUGCAUCAACUCCAUAAAUGGCAUUCGAUGUCACAAAUUUCAUUUAAUUUGUUUAAAGAAGAAGUGGUUUCCAAAGACCAGACAAGACUGUUAGAUAUUACAUGUUUUUAACAGGUGUUGCACUAAUCUAUCCAUUCGCUUAUUUGAAGACCAGAGGAUUUUACAGAAAUAAUCUUUCUCUCAGGUAUCUUUUCAUCUUAAUCCUUUAGAUGGGAAAUGUAUGCAGUAAGAGAUGGUGUCUAUUACAAUCACUUCAAAAAGGGAUGGAAGAAUUCCAGAGCUAUUCAAUUUAGAGGUCAAGUCUGGGCUUGAU